UCCCGCUUCAGUCCCGCUUUUUUGUUGCAUGCCCAUGCCGGUGCUGGUGUUGAUGCACAUGAGCUUGCAAACAGCACCAAUUCAUCCUGACACUUAAGCUUGACGGCACCCGAGAGGCCCAAUUGGAGCAUGUUCAGCGACAACUUAAAGCGUCGUAAUUCCGGACGCUCUCCAGAUCCCAAAGGGAAUUCUAGAAAGAUACUUCGCUACGAUCAGAGUUCAGGAUACACAGCCAACAGUCACUUUGAAAGGGUGAACGGCUCCAAUCCAAGUUCAAGAAGAUCAUCCAUGUCACUACAAAAUGGAGCCGAACUGGCCGGAUACGGCACACCUCAAUCACGUUCACCAUCCACAAGGAAUGGAUACGAUGUUCCCACCCUCAAUAACGUGGAAGCCAUCCCAAAAGCGCUCGAAAGCUUCGUCUUGGCUAUUUCCAAUCGUAACCAGACCUCUCAACAUCUCAGUAAUGUGCAAGGCGAUUUCGAGAGUAUGGCACCCAAGCACACAGACUUUCCAGCUCUCAGAUUACAAUCAACCCACAGACUAACCCAGGCUCGGAGUGAUAACGAAGCAGCCGAGGCACAGGCUGCCACGGCCACUAAGUUGUUAUUAGACGCACUGCAAGGACAGAGCUCAACCUCUCAUCAAAACUGUGUUCCUCGAACAGAACUCGAUUCUCUUAAAGAACAGCUUCAGGAGAUGAAGUCUGAGAAUCGCGAGAUGAAGAGAAGAUUAGGCGUUGUGGACAGACGUCUAGAGGACGAAGCCAAUUCCGCCCAGAGACCAGAGCAAUAUGCGUUAAACCGUAUGACGGACCGCAUGGCAAAGAUCGAGGAAGUUAACAGAGCGACAAGUAGUACUAUCAGUUCAGCUGUCCAGAACCACAAAGCUCUGCAAGAUCAGACUGUUAAGGACAGAUUGAGUUUCAGAACUCGAUGUUCUGCUUUGGAGGAUUACAUGGAAAAAAACAAAGCUAAGCACAAGGAGAACGCUCAGGCCAUCAGCAGUAUCCAAACCACUUUAGACGAUCACAUCGGAAAGAGCGACGGAGAGCACAAAGAGCACACUUCAAAGAUUGAACUUUUCAAAGCCGACGUCAACACGCUGCAGCGGACCCUCAAUUUAGACGUUCUCCCUAGGCUGGAAGAGAACGAAGAUGCUGCGGCGACUGCUCACAAAGCUUUGAAGAGUCUCGAACUUCAACACAAAUCGCUAGCAAACCGUCAAUCUCCUGCGGUCGCUGCUGUUGUUGCUCCAACUCCUGCUUUCCAUGAGCUCGUAUCCAGACUGGACAGCAACGAAUCAAGACUAGGUCUAGUCGAGGCAGAAUUAGACAAUCACGAUUCAAGACUGGAUGAGAUCGAGAGGGCCGCUGAAAGGAUCACCGACGAGAACGAAUUCAAGGACGAAAUGAUGAGUGGGCAGAUAUCAGAGCUCAACACAAAGCUGGACGAAAUGCAAAGGAAUUCUGGAAACGAUGUGAGAGACAUCAGAAAAGAGCUCGAGGACCUUGAUGCUUGGAAGGAUCUGCAAACACACAUCCAGAACCUCAGGUCCACUUUAAACGACCACGAGAGGAGUACAAAGACAAUGAUCGAGGAACUUGGCAGAAGCAUGAGACUUUACGUGGAAGAGAUGAGGUCAUCAGCCAAAACAGAGAUGGAAGAGUUGAAAUCAAGCUCGACCUACACAAGCCAGCUGCUCGAGAAUCACGUCGACCUCUUGCAAAGGCACGAGGGACGCCUAAACUCGGUCACCACAGAGGAGCUGGUGCGAAUGAUGGAGAACCAGUGGCGUGCCACAUUCGGCGCGCCCGAUCAACUCAAGGGAUUGACGAUUCGACUAGGCAAGCUAGAAAACUUUACUAGAGAUACCUUCAAGGGCCUCGAUCCGACAGUAAAGGCUCUCAGGACCAGAGUUGAGGGCAUGGCGGCGAGCGCACAAGCACGGAUGACGAAAAUUGAGAAUGACAUUCAGUCUUUGAGAACCGUGGGUUGAGCUAGAAAGGAAGGCGCAUACCGCCAAAGCAUAGCAUAGCAUGGAGUUAGGGGUAUGGAUGCUAUACCCAUUUUCGAGGAGCUUCGCAGCUCAAGCUUGUACUAUAAUCUCGGUAAUCACGAGUAUG